AAAACUUUGAUUAUGGAAUUUACCCAGAUAAUGCUGAUGAAAAUUUCAAGACUAACAAAGCUAAUAAAGAUGAUAUAAACUAUAACAAUAAACUUAGUAAUAGUGAAAUUGAUUAUAAAACAAAAAUUACUAAAAAAAAUAGU